CUCCCCUUCGCCGUCGUCCCGGUUCCCACGUGUUUGACCGGAGCUCCGCUGCCUGUUUGGACCGGUUCUGCCACAGUUGGACUUUAUUUCACUUUUCAGUCGUUUCUUCGGUUCGUUCUCGGUGUUCGUGAACUUCUGCGCAGAUUGUCACGACGACGAGGAGCAACGACGACGGUAACGGGCGCUAAGCUAACAGCUAAUGCUAACAUGCGAGAACAUGACCGGACAUGUCCGAGUGGAGGAGGCUCCAGGGCGGACUGAGCAGCACAGACAGUCCGGUCACAGACAGUCCGGUCACAGACAGUCCGGUCACAGGCAGCCCGGUCACAGACAGUCCGGUCCGCAGGUUCAGAGGAGGCGGUAGUUUAACAGAAGGAAACAAAAGAAGGAACAGAAGGAACCAGUCAUGGACUACCUGUUCCCUCUGCAGCUGUUCCCCUCCUUCUAUAACUGCGGACCUCCGGGAGGACAGAAGCACCCCCCCUGUGUGGGAGCAUGGGGCUGCUACGAACAAGUCCGACCUCAGUUUCAGGUGGAUUCUGGUUCUGGUUCUGGUUCUGGUUCCGGGUCUGGGUCCGGCUGCAGCUUCACACCCAGGCGUCAGGUGAGCGGAGAGGCGUGGCAUCAGAAGGAGCCGCUGCCCCUCCCCCUCCUGCCUCCGAAGCCAGCGUUCGUUUUGCCGUUAAAACCUCCUGACCCCAUGGACUUCACCAAACAUAUGCAGAACUUCUACCAGGAUCACUAUCAGGAUGAGUUUGGUGUCAUGGGGGGGCUCCUGGGGGACUCCUUCUACCCACAGGACGCUUCUACACAGGCCUCCUCCAUCCCCAGGUGGCAGUUGGAUAAGUUCUUGGAUCUGCUUCCGUAUCAAACGUGUUCGAGGACGUACCGGACCGUCCCCGUGGACCUGCUGAGCCCGCUGCUGUCGGACUCGCUCCACUCCGUCCCCAUGGACCUGCUGGGAUCGCUGCUGUACGACGAACUGAGCGAGCAGCGCGACCGCCGGCUGUUCUUCGACGGAGCCACGGGGGGCGCUCUGGACUACGUCCCCGUCACAGAGGAGUCCGGAUGCCUGGUCUACCCCGGAGGACCAGGUCUGGACCGCCUAAACUUCCAGCAGGUGGAGAUGCAGCCAAUCAGAGAAGGAGGAGGAGCCUCUGAGUCCAUCACCACCAGGAAACCAAUCAGCUUUCAGCUCCAAGGCCCAGUCCGACAGAUCAGCUCCAGCAGCAUCCUGGACCAAAUUUGUGUGGUGGUGCGUUCACAGUACCUGUGCGGCGUCUGGAGGUUCAGCCAGUGGGAGGAGCCUCGUCUGCUGCAGGCGGUCAGCUGUGGACAGGAGGCCACCGGCGUCAGCGUCAGUCCUCAUGUUUUAGGUGAAGUCCUGGUGGCGACGGAGAGCGGCUCGGUCGACCUGUGGACGGUCGGACGAGGGAUGCAGAAGGUCCGAGCAGACGACGCCAACCUGUACUUCAACGCCAAGUCGCCAUGGCGAUGGUGCGAGUUCUCCGCCCACCCGAGGGUGAUGGUGUACGCCGACAGGACGGGGGCGGAGCUAUCGGACAUCAGGGUCCAGCCCACUUCCUGUCACACCCUGUUCCGCAUCAGUAAGGCCUCCAAGUGUCGCAGCGGAGAGAGGCUGGUCCUGAGCCGAUACCUGAGGGACGUCCACCCCUUCCACCACCUGGUCACCACGCAGCACUCGGCCUACAUCAUGGACGAGCGUUUCCCCUGCGUCCCCAUGCUGAAGUGGGAUCACAUGAUGCAGUCUCCGCCCAUCUUCUGUCACAUCCUCCCAGGCUCCGCCCCCUCCGCCCCUCAUACUAAGGUCCUGUUGGGUUCCCAGAGUUCACAGGAGGUCACCCUGCUGCAGUACUCAGGAGGUCGGUCCGAGGCCUGUUCCAGUUCUGGUCCUCCUCUGGUUCUGCUCAGACCCACAGACAGUCUACAGCAGCUGCCGGUUCAGAUCCCUCACCGCCGUGACUCCGCCUCCAGAAGACUGGCCACGCCCGCUGCAGGUCUGACGGGCAUCCAGAGGAAAGGGGGCGGAGCUCAGCAGCAUCUGUGCGUCCUCCAGCUGACGGAGGCCGGAGACAUUUUCUACCAGAUCCUCCAGAACGAUGCGCCUUCACAUGUGGAUGAAACACCAAGGCGAACGGCGGAGGAGGAGGCGGAGCUGCUGGCGUCAGAGCCGCUGGCGUGGGACACGGUGAGCGACGAGGACGUGAUUGGACCGACUCAGGUCUUCGGGUUUGUCCCUGAAACACCAGAGAGACGCCGACCAUCAAGGACCACCACGGACUCUGAGGGUUCUGGUCCAGAAGGGAGAGGGCGUGGCACCAAGGUUCAGGUCGUCGUUAACGAGAACCCCGACCCGGGUCAUGUGACCUCAGCUCAGGCCGAUAAGGGGGCGGGUCUUGCGUCCGCGGCGACACUGAGUGACGGCGCUCUGCUCGUCUGGAGGCGUUGGCUCCAGAAACUGUUUCUACUGGAUCACAAGAAGAAGAAGCCCCGCCCCCAAAACCUGCCGCACUUCACCGUCUGCUUCAACGGCAUCCUGCAGCUGUCAGUCAAACAGAUGGAGGAGAGGGCGGAGCAAGUGCAGAGUCUGAGACAGCGUCUGAAGGCGGCCAUGUCUGAACGCAGCAUGUUGGACUCCGCCCCCCAGGAGGCGCCGGUGCCGCUGCCCGACGGCGUGAGCGGCGAGCUGUGGGAGGACCAGCUGAGCCGACGCCUCACCGCUGCAUGGGAGGGGCCAGAGGCAUGGCGGUCGUGGUGGGAGGAGUCUCUGGGUCUGAACCGGGAGGAGAAGGUUGCGGCGCUGAAGAGGAAGAGGAGGAGGGAGAAGGAGGCGAGGAGGGCGUCGGGGCGCCGCCUGCAGCUGUCCGGAAGCUUCACCUCCUCCAUCAGCUACCAAUCAGAGCUCAGCGACUUCUCCGACUCCGCCCACUGGGGGUCCGGCCGAAGCCAGGGGGUGGAGACGGAUGUAGAGGGGGCGGACCCGGACACAGAGGGGGCGGACCCGGACACAGAGGGGGCGGAACCGGACAGCAUACCGUGGGCGAAGAGUCCGAGCGGCAUCAGGGCCGACGCUCCAACGCCGAGCACUAGAGGUGCAGCGAAGGGUCACAUGACUCCCAGCAGGCCCCGCCCCCCUUCCCUGACACCCAGUCUGAGCAACACGCCGACCAAUCAGAAGAGACCACGCCCAGACGACUACCUGAGGUCACUGACGGGGGAACAGGAGUUGUCGACACAAGUCGACAGUUUGUUCCCGGAGGUACUGACUCCACCCCUGGCAUCGCUGACCCCGCCCAUGGUGUCGCUGUCCCAGCCAGUCCGUCCCACUCUGAGGGCGGGGCCGUCCCAGGACUCCGCCCCCUGGUCCCAGCCCCAAACCCAUAGUGCACUGCGGCGGCUGGCGCUGGCCAUCCAACCAAAGAAGAAGAAAGCACGGAUGGGGUUCUGAUCCGACCGUCGCACGCAAGGGAUGAUGGGAAAUACCAGCGGACUGGGAAUGAUGGGAAAUACCAGCAGACUGUGGAUUAUUUUUGUAUUUUUUAAAACAUGUCUGACAGUCGGAUGAACGUUUAACUCUGAUCGUAUGAGGAUGAAUGACGGCUGACGGAGACGUGAAGACGGCGCUGACGGUAAGACCCUCCCCUGUGGCGUCCAUGUUUAACCCCUUCACUGCUCUGGUUGAUGAUGUCACGUGGUCAUGUGGUUCAGGUUUAGGGCUGUAAGAAAAUAGUGGUUUCGCAAUAUAUCGUGAUAUUUCAUAUCACGAUACCGUAUGGAUAUUUUCAGGUAUUUAUUCAAAUGCAGAUAUGGUGAAGGUUCAUUUUUUGUGUUUUCUUUAUAUUUUUGGGGAAUCCUGUGAGUCCUUUUAUUUAUAUGUUCAUAUUGGUAUUUUCCUCUGUCUGUAAACUAAAAAAGUAAUUCAUUAAAUUAAUGUUAAAACUGUAUUUUUAUCCAAAUCCUGUUUUGAGUUUUUUAUAGAGAAACAUGUAGUGAUAUAACAUUAGAUUCUGUUCUGAUUAAAUAAAAAUGUGUUUAGUAUUUGUGCAGAUUUCUGGUGUAAUUCAAUUCUUCUAGGAAAUAUUCAUUAAAAAAAAAGAAAUUAACAAAAAUUGCGUUUUUAACAGUAUCAUGAUAUAUUGUGAUAUAUCGUGUCGUGAUCCUAGUUUUGGGAUUUGUUUCGUAUUUCCAGAUUGUUGCUGAUGCACAGCCCUAGUUGUGUUUAGGGCUGUGUGUCAGCAAGAACCUGCAAAGUGUUAAAUAAUAAGAAAUAAGAUGGAAACAAAAAAGAAAAACAAAAAUGAACCUCCACAAUAUCUGCAUUUGAACAAGUACCUAAAAAUAUCGGUUCAGUACUUUUUAAUAUCGAUACAGUAUCGUGAAAUGGAAUAUCGUGCUAUAUUGCAGAACCGCUGUUUUCUAACACCCCUGUUCGUGUUCGCUCGGCGGCGGCUCCGCCUCAGUGUCACUGUGAGCUCUGGUAGGCGGAGUCUCAGGUGAACCUCAGGGGUCUGUCCUGGUGCGUCGACUGCUUCAGGCUUUGAUGGAGGACGUGUUCGUUUUAGGAGGAUUCGGGCUGUUUUCAGGUCCACUUUGGAUCCUGUAUGUGAGAACAGGUGUGUGUAGUUUAACCCUUCGGUCUCCGCCCACAGACGCAGCAGUAACGGCAAAAAGAUUCAACUUUUUAUUAUUUUGUAUUUCAUCAACUAGAGAAAAACAAACAUACUAAAUACUCAGUAACUGUCAUAUUCUUAACCCUUUAAACGUCAUGUUGUAACUUUGUAAACAAAUUUUAUUUUUGAUGA